UUUCCAAAUGAGGGGUGAAAUAGUGAUAGAAAUAGAAAUAGAAUAAAGAAUAUACACUCACAAAUAGAAAACUAGAGUAACCCUAAUUUUCCCGGAAUUCCAUACAAAAUUUAACAAGAUAUUAACCCUUUGACUAUUCCUUCGCUUUCUUGAUUUUGAUGAUAUGUAAUGAGUCCACACCACCUUGAAUAUCAAUAAUAUCCUUUAUCAUUUUAAUAAAAUCCUUCAAAAUCCGUUCUUCCCCAUCUUCAUUCAGUCCACCUCUCUCUUCUUUUCUCUCCCCAAUCACAAAUUACUUUUCCGAUCAAUCUUUAUACCCAAGAAAACCCACAAAAGCAAACAAAUCAAUCCCUUCAAGAAACCACAAGAUUCCAUUUCCACCAUCAUCAAAAGGAAAAAGUAAAGUUUGGGGGAAGAUUGAAGAACAUCGUCAUCAACACCAUCAACACAGCAAGAACAAUUCCUUUUUUUCAUCUUUCCUUUUUUGUUUUUGUAUUUGUUUUUGUUCACCAAUCAUCAAUUUUCUUGAAAAGAUUGGAAUCAUUCUUCAAACCCUACAAAGAAACAAAACAAAUUAUUUGAGAUUUAUUCAUACCCUGGCCACAUUCCAAGAAAAUCAAACCUAACCCAGUUUGGAUUCAGGAAAAAAAAGAGUUGGUGUUUUCCAUUUCAAGAUUUUCUUGGAAAUUAUGAAGUCAUCUCAUCUUGAUAAUAUCCCAUCAACGCCUGGCAAAUUCAAGAUGGAAAAAUCCCAAUACAAUCAUAGAUUCAGAUGGCAUUAUUCGUAUCUAGCAAAGCUCACAUUUUGGAGUUUCGUUUUCUUGGGAUUAAUCUUCAUUUUCUUCUUCAAAUCACCGCCGUCAUCAUCGCCGUACUCCUCCGCCGGAUCGAUCCCAUCAGAUCUCUCUCGCAGAUCUUUAAAAACCAAUUCUUGGGGUGGACCCAUUUGGGAAAAACGCGUCCGAUCAUCCGCCAAGAUCCGUUCCAAUACUGGGUUCUGCGUUUUAGUCACCGGAGCAGCCGGAUUCGUCGGAACCCAUGUCAGCGCCGCCUUGAAACGCCGUGGCGACGGUGUUUUAGGUCUUGAUAACUUCAACGACUAUUACGAUCCUUCCCUGAAAAGAGCUCGUCAAGCUUUACUAGAAAGAAGUGGGAUUUACAUCGUCGAAGGCGACAUUAACGACGUCGCAUUGCUCAAAAAACUCUUCGAGGUAAUCCCUUUUACUCAUGUCAUGCAUUUAGCUGCUCAAGCCGGCGUUCGAUACGCCAUGGAAAACCCAAGCUCUUACAUCCAUAGCAACAUCGCCGGACUUGUUAAUCUUCUUGAAGUCUGUAAAAACGCAAACCCACAACCCGCAAUCGUUUGGGCAUCAUCUAGUUCUGUUUACGGAUUGAACACAAAAGUACCCUUUUCAGAAAAAGAUCGAACCGAUCAACCGGCGAGCCUCUACGCCGCCACAAAAAAAGCCGGCGAAGAGAUUGCACAUACUUAUAACCACAUCUAUGGCCUCUCUCUAACUGGUUUACGAUUCUUUACUGUUUAUGGACCUUGGGGAAGACCAGAUAUGGCUUAUUUCUUCUUCACGAAAGACAUCUUGAAAGGAAAAUCGAUUCCCAUUUUCGAAUCUGUCAACCAUGGAACUGUCGCUCGUGAUUUCACAUACAUUGAUGAUAUCGUAAAGGGUUGUUUAGGUGCUUUAGAUACUGCUGAAAAGAGUACAGGAAGUGGUGGGAAGAAGAAAGGUCCUGCACAAUUGAGAGUUUUUAACUUAGGGAACACUUCACCUGUUCCUGUUUCAGAUCUCGUUUCUAUUUUGGAGAAGUUAUUGAAAGUGAAAGCAAAAAGAAGAGUUAUGAAGUUGCCAAGAAAUGGUGAUGUCCCAUUUACUCAUGCAAAUAUUAGUUUAGCUCAAAGGGAAUUUGGGUAUAAACCAACGACUGAUCUUCAAAUGGGUUUGAAGAAAUUUGUUCGAUGGUAUGUGAGUUAUUAUGGAUCUGGAAAGAAGAGUGAUCAUUGAUGGAAAAGAAAGAAAGAAAGAAAGAAAGUGGUAAACAUGUUCUUGAAUUGUUAUUCGUUUUGCUAUUCACAUGAUUGUUUUGUUAAAUCUGUAAUAUCCAAAUACAUUAUCUUGUUGGUAUAUGAAACGGAAGACGGGAAAGAAGGAUGAUGACACGAAGAACAAGAUUUUGUUUCGGUUUAUUUAUCUGUACUAAAAGGAAUUCAAGAACUUUAUGUAAUUUGUUGUAGCAUUAUUAUUGUAGGAUUCUUGACUUGAUAGAGCAAAUUUGCUUUGAUUGGUGGACUUGUAUCAUUUAUCUUGGAACUCAAAUAAAUAGAACACAAAAAGUUUGAAUGUUUGUUAA